UGACAGUUAUCUAAUAAGAAGUAGUUAUAAAAUAAAAAAUAUUAAGAUUUAUUACUGAAAAUAGUAUAAUGAAUUGGAUACAAUAGGUGCAUCUAGCUAAUAAAAUUAUUAUAAUCGUCUUAUUUUGUAAAAAAACAAUCAACCUGUACAUGAAAUCCUGAACUCCCCAGUGGCUCCCCAGGGAGCCACCUCGAAAGACGCGAAAAACGGCCGGGUUUUGACGGUUUCCGAGCCGCGACUCUCGGGUUGUGAAAGGUUAAGUAUUUAGCUUCAGUAGGAGACCGGCAGUCGGCUUGGCAACAUGUUGAAGAUAAGUUUGUUUUUGUUCGCGGCGGCGUCAUACUGUCUCGCUGAGGGUGAGGUCGAGCCCUCCACGGAAAAAUGGCACUACCCCGGCCACGAGUUCGACAGGACCCGCCUGGGAGACGCUGUCGACUUGGCCUCUAUGAAAUUGUUGAAGGAGGCGUACACAACAAAGGAUGAUAAGAACAUAGUGGCGUCCCCCAUCGGAGUGCUGCUGCUGCUGUCGCUAUACGCAGCCGGGGCUGAGGGGGGCAUCAGGGACGAGAUUAUCAAGGCCGUGGGAAGUUCCAACUAUGACGAGAUGUUCGAGUCGUACACUCGCCUCAGCAGCAAGUUCUCAUUCAUGGAUAGCAGUUACUUGACCCUGGCGAACAAGGUGUACGUGGCAGAUAAUAUGGAGCUGGCGAAUGACUUCUCCACUAGAGCCGUGCAGUCGUACAACAGUGAAGUGGAGAAGGUCGACUUUACAAAACCAGCUGAUGCUGUCGCGAUUAUCAACAAAUGGGCGGAUGAGAAGACCAAGGGUCAUAUCAAGGACGCCGUUACAGAAGACGUCAUAGAUGAUACCGUUGUUAGUGUUCUCUGCAACGUGAUCUUCUUCCAGGGCCAUUGGAAUGUUCCUUUCAAUGCAAGUGAGACCGUAGAGAAGGACUUCCACGUAGACAAGUCGAAGACCGUCAAGAAACAAAUGAUGCAUCUGGAACAACCCUUGUUCUAUCAAGAGAGCCCUGAACUCGGAGCCAAGAUGAUUGAACUUCCAUACAAGGAGAAUGGUUUCCGGAUGGUUGUUGUUCUGCCUGAUGAGAUUGACGGACUGUCGUCGGUGAUGGAGAAAGUGGCGCAGAAAGGGCUCCUAGCAGACGUGUUUGCUCUGAGCCCAGCUGGACGUGAGAUCCACUUGGACUUGCCCAAGUUCGAGAUAAAAUCAGGCUUGGAUCUUAACGGACUUCUUCCCAAAAUCGGUGUGUCGAAGAUAUUCUCGGACCCCGCUCAAGGUAUCGUGAAGGACGUUCCUGUGAAGGUGUCAAAGGCCUUCCAGAAGGCUUUCGUUAAGGUCGAUGAGGAGGGAGCCACCGCUGGUGCUUUUACUGGUUUUACCACUGUGACGUACUCGAGCUUUAGUCAACCACUUGCAACGCAAUUCAUAGUUGACCAUCCUUUCCUGUUUGCUAUUCUCCAUGAGGAUAAGAUCCUCUUCGCUGGAACUUAUUCGCACUAACAAUCUCAGCUGUAUCUACAAGUUUCGUUAUUGUGCCAACCUCUCUGAAUUCCCAGCCUCCUCCGGCAGUGCAGUUCAAAGUAGACCGUCCGUUCUUGUUCGCUAUUCUACAUGAAGAUAUUUUACUUUUUGCUGGAACUUACACUCAUUAAACAUGUAGAUACACUUACCUCAAGUUUUAUCAAGUUAAAUAAUUUUAUUGUAAAAUGGACAAAUAAAUUGAAUGAAUAUUUUGUAUUGUACCUAAUAAAAUGUUAUACUGAAA